AUGGAGCGGAAAAGGGUCACGCGGACAUGUGUGGCGGUGUGGUUGUGCACGCUGUACGUGUUUGUAGCAUCUGUCACGGAAGUUUCCUCAGCGACAACCGUUCGUUCCCAGCAAGAUGGUAAGCCUUUCGGUAUUUCUGGAUAUCAUGGAGGCGCCACGCUGAGCAAAUCUAGCGCUGGCGAAGGCCGUCUGACGACUCUCAGAGAAAUCGACGGUGUGCAGCCGCAACCCGGCGGAAUGCCAUCUCAUCCAAACGGCAUUGACAUGGAGAUCUCAGAGCGAAUUUUUUCCUCUCUUCCGAAACAUCGUUCCUUUUCGUUUUCCUCCGGAAGUGCUGAUGCUCACGAAACGGAGGCUUCUUCCUUUUUCUCUCACCUGUUUGCCCCCCUUCUAGAAGGGUCGGAGCUGCGAUCAGCUUCUGGAAUUUUCCCUGCUGACCUCCCGUCAGUGUCUACCCUUCUCACUGAUAGGCUGGACGAGGUGGUCCGCGCAAUUCUUCAAGCGAUUCUGCCUGUGCCUCUCGACCGCAUGCCUCCUCAACUUGGGGAAGGAUCAUCCGCUCCCUCCAGCGGGCCGGAUUCACCUUCACGCGUCGGAGCCUCCACGCGCUCUAGUGUAGUGAAUGCGUCGGGGGAUGUGUUUUCUUCGGGGCAGGCUGCCUCCGAGGAAGGCGGCAACGGGUCUGGCGUGCAUGAAACGGUCCUUGGUGGUGAGCUUAGCCGUCUCCACUCUAUCAUUCGCCAAUUUCCACAGCUUCUACUUGUCGUAGGCGGCCACCUUCUUUUUUUUGUGUUUGUCUUUCACUCAAGGCGUCGUCAAGGCCUUCAGCUCCUCCUCUUGUUUUUUCUGUCUUUCCUUCUCUUGUGCUCCAAGCACGUCAGUGACGUUUGCGACCGCCUGCUGUACAACUACGGCGACAAGUUCGCAUUUUGCCACUUUUUCUCUCUCUCUACAGAAGAGGGCCAGCAGUUUCUGCUGGUGUUCUGGUGCAUUCCACUCUUAGCCUGCUUGGUGACGCUGGCGGGUUUGCUACUCUGGGAACUGACGAACUCCGUGUUUCUCCUCGCCAAAUGGAAGAAGCAAGCUGCUGAACAGGCGCGUCAGCGACAGAGUGAACAAGGCCGCAAUACGGGACACGAAACGCACCAGAGCGGACUGUCCGAUCACGCAGGAGAGGGGGGACUGCGGUGUCGAGUGGAACCUAAACGAGACCAGUGA